AGAUGUUUUCAGCUGGGGCCCCCAAAAAAAAAAUAAACAAAAAAUAAUUCUUAUCAAAUUAUUGUGUAAAAACGGUUGAUGGCAGCCGCAGCAGACGACCUACAAGCAGAAAAACAAAUCUAUUUGCAACUUAAAAGAAAAAAACAACAACAACAAUAACAAAUAUAGCAACUAAAUGUUAGCAGAUAAAGAACAACUUGGAGGCCCCAAUAAAACAAUGACAAAUUCUUGUAAAAAUAUUGACAAAAUUAGACGAAAUUAUUGAAAAAGACAAAAAAAGCUUAGCUGAUAAUAGAUUAUUACAAAAAAAUUAUUAAUAAUAAAAGAAAACAACACGUGUGUGUGUAUAGGCAACAACGCCAAGUCGAAGAGGAAGUUCUAAGACAAGAUUUCAUUAAGAGAUAACUAGUAGCUGGUGAUAGACGUACAUAUAGCUAAACCGAAAGCAGACGGCUAUAUACAGACAAUGGGUGAGAAUACACAACAUUAUUUUGAAGGAGUAGAAAAGCUGGUGGAGGUAUGGUUUAAGCAGCCUCCUAUGGAUGAUGAGGCCGAUUUGAGAAGGAUAACUAAGGAGGUGUGGGAUGAGGAGCUGAAGGCAGUAAAAUGUGAAAUUAUAAGUUUUACCAAAAAUUCCGAAGUGGAUGCUUAUGUGUUGAGUGAAUCAAGCAUGUUUGUAUCGAAAAGAAGAUGGAUUUUAAAAACCUGUGGCACUACCACCCCCUUGAAUUGCCUAAAACCCUUAAUGAAAAUGGCAGCUGAAAUGGGUUUUGUGGAAAUUUCCGAUUUCUUUUAUUCACGCAAGAACUUUGCUCGCCCCGAAUUACAGCUAUUGCCACAUCGCAUGUUCUGUGAGGAAGUUAAAUUCUUGGAUACAAUCUUUGAGGGUGGCCAAACCUAUUGUUUGGGUCAAAUCAAUAAGGAUUGUUGGUAUUUGUAUACCUUAAGCCAGCCGGAGCGUGAGCUUAAGGGCGAUCUAAUAGAAUUACCCAAAAUAGAGGGUAAACAUCACUCGGAACCCGAUCAAACUAUAGAAAUUUUAAUGGAAAAUCUAGAUCCCCAGGUAAUGCAGGUAUUCACUAAACUGUGCUGCCAGGAUGGCAAGGAAGCGACAGUUAAGUCAAAAAUCAAUGAGAUUUUACCCGAUAUGAUAAUAGAUGAUUUCCUAUUCGAACCCUGUGGCUAUUCGAUGAAUGGCAUUAACCAACUGGGCGAAUAUAUGACCAUACACAUAACACCCGAAAAGGAAUUCUCUUAUGUUAGCUUCGAAUCGAAUGUUUCUAUGGCCAAUUAUGCUGAAUUGAUACAACGUGUUUUGGCCACAUUUUUACCCGCUAAAUUUAUUAUAACCAUUUUUGCCAAUAAAUCUUCCGAAGCUUAUGCCACUAUGCGUGAAUUGGAAACGACCAGCUAUAGCCAGUGGCAAAGAGCCGAUAUGCAAUGUUGCAAUUUCCCCUCCUAUAAUCUUUUAUUUGCCACCUAUACUGCUAAUAAUCGAGGCGAAAAUGAUUGUUAACAUUAGUUUAAAUGUUGUUAUUGUAAAAUGUCCUAUUUGAUGUUUAUUCCUUAUACAUUUUUCUCUCUCAGUCCCUCUCUCUCGCUCUACUCUAUUG